GCCGCCAGCCCCAGCUCCGGCGACCUCCCUGCCGCCGCAGUUUGGGCGGCGGGGACUGCGGGAUCCUCCCUGCUCGGGCCUGGGUGGGGGGGGGCGCCUCCACCACGCCCAGCCCCCUCCCCUCCUGGCUUCCCGGACGGCUGGAGCUACUCCCGGGGGAAGCUGUUCCCGGACGCUGGGCCGCCGCCCGGGCAUCUCGGCUGCUAGCCCGGCUGGGCACCGGGCAUCUGCGAAGCCAGCCCUGCCUGGCACUGGGCAUCUCCGGGCACCGACUGGCUCCGGCGCCACCCAGCUGCUCGCGACCCCCGGGGCCGCGGGCUUCUCCGCGCCCCCUCCCCUCCCCCCGGCCGCCGGGCAGGACGCCCGUGAUCUCCCGGUGCCCCCAGCCCCUUUGGCCGCCGCUGCCGCGAUGCUGCCCUGGAGACGCAACAAAUUCGUGCUAGUGGAGGACGAGGCCAAGUGCAAGGCGAAGAGCCUGAGUCCGGGACUCGCCUACACGUCGCUGCUCUCCAGCUUCCUGCGCUCCUGCCCGGACCUGCUACCCGACUGGCCGCUGGAGCGCCUGGGCCGCGUGUUCCGCAGCCGGCGCCAGAAAGUGGAGCUCAACAAGGAGGACCCGACCUACACCGUGUGGUACCUGGGCAACGCCGUCACCCUGCACGCCAAGGGCGACGGCUGCACCGACGACGCCGUGGGCAAAAUCUGGGCGCGCUGCGGGCCGGGCGGGGGCACCAAGAUGAAGCUGACGCUGGGGCCGCACGGCAUCCGCAUGCAGCCGUGCGAGCGCAGCGCCGCGGGGGGCUCGGGGGGCUCCGGGGGCCGCCGGCCGGCGCACGCCUACCUGCUGCCGCGCAUCACCUACUGCACCGCGGACGGGCGCCACCCGCGCGUCUUCGCCUGGGUCUACCGCCACCAGGCGCGCCACAAGGCCGUGGUGCUGCGCUGCCACGCCGUGCUGCUGGCGCGGGCGCACAAGGCGCGCGCCCUGGCCCGCCUGCUCCGCCAGACCGCGCUGGCGGCCUUCAGCGACUUCAAGCGGCUGCAGCGCCAGAGCGACGCGCGGCACGUGCGCCAGCAGCACCUCCGUGCAGGGGGCGCCGCCGCCUCGGUGCCCCGCGCCCCGCUGCGCCGGCUGCUCAACGCCAAGUGCGCCUACCGGCCGCCGCCCGGCGAGCGCGGCCGUGGGGCCCCGCGCCUCAGCAGCAUCCAGGAAGAGGACGAGGAGGAGGAGGACGGAGACGCGGAGGAGCGCGAGCGGCCCGAGGUGCUCAGCCUGGCCCGGGAGCUGAGGACGUGCAGCCUGCGGGGCGCCCCGGCGCCGCCGCCGCCGGCGCAGCCCCGCCGCUGGAAGGCGGGCCCCAGGGAGCGGGCGGGCCAGGCGCGCUGAGAGCGCGGGGGGCAGGACUUGCGGCCCCAGCCCCCGCCGGCCUGACUUCCAGCCUCCAACCCCGGCCCUGCCCGCUUCGGCUCCCCUCCGGUCCCCCGGCCCUUGCCUCCCUCGUGGUCUCUGUUGUCUGCCCCGCGCCUCAUCCUGGCUCAGGGUGACGCCUGAUACGCCCUUGAUUACUGGGGGACUAAAGGGACAGGGAGAGCAGCGGUAAUCGAUUGUUCACCUCUCCCCACGUCCGGAGUUUCCGAGAGCGCCCUCCAUCGUGGAAUUGCCCAUAAGCUUUACAACAGGUCUUUGCCCAUAGACCACCCCCUCCCUCCCAAAACAACCUCUCAAAAGAAGAGGGAAGAAGUUUCCAGAAAUCCAGGAGGGUGGCCUUGGAUCUUGGCCGGGUGGAAGCCGUGGUCCUGCCCUUGGCCAGUCAAGCCUUCCUCCCUGGGACGGGACCAACUCUGGGGGGGCAUUCUUGCAGGGGAAGAAUAGUGGCCCCGGAGAACUGAGGCCGGGCCCAAGGCGGGAACUGGGUCGGCGGCUUUCAUAUACACAAGGUUUCUCAGGCCCUAUGCCUGGCCUCUCUACCCCUUGGAGGAUUUCUGGACUUCACUGCUCUGCGUCCGGAGAAGACUGGGCCGGUCCUACCAACGCAAACAACAGGCUAGACCAGGUGCUUGAGGACACUGACUACCCAGGAAGUGGACACAGGAGGGAUGCCCCCCCCCCCCAAUUCGGCGCUCGUCACAAGGGAAGGGUCCUGACAGCCUUGUGUUCUCAUAGCAAGCUGAGGAAGGAGAGUGUGUUAACCCCACAGUGGGAGUGCGCCCCGCCCAGGUGUCCCUCAACAAGGCCACAAAGAGCCCAAAGAUCUAUGUGUCACCAACUGAUCAUUGUAAAUAAAGUGGACCUGCUUUUUCA